ACCUUCUAUGCCAAAAUGCUUGAUCAUGAAUACACAACCAAGGAGAUCUUCCAGAACAACUUCUUCAAUGACUGGAGGAAGGAGAUGACCUCACAGGAGCAGAAGAUAAUCAAGGACCUGGACAAGUGUGACUUCAAGGAGAUCCACAAGUACUUCGUGGACAAAAGUGAGGCACGGAAAGCACUCUCCAAAGAGGAGAAGCAGAAACUGAAGGAGGAGGCAGAUAAGAUCCAGGAGGAGUAUGGGUACUGCAUCCUGGAUGGGCACCGAGAGAAGAUAGGCAACUUCAAAACUGAGCCACCGGGGCUGUUCCGUGGACGUGGUGACCACCCCAAAAUGGGCAUGCUGAAGAAGAGGAUCAUGCCAGAAGAUGUUGUUAUCAACUGCAGCAAGGACUCCAAGAUCCCCAAGCCGCCAGAAGGGCACAAGUGGAAGGAGGUGCGCUUUGACAACACAGUUACCUGGCUGGCCUCGUGGACAGAAAACAUCCAGAACACUUUGAAGUACAUCAUGCUGAACCCCAGCUCCAAGCUGAAGGGGGAGAAAGACUGGCAGAAGUUUGAGGUAGCCCGGCGCUUAAAGGAUGUUGUCCACAAAAUCCGUGCUCAGUACCGAGCCGAUUGGAAGUCCAAGGAGAUGAAGAAGCGGCAAAGAGCAGUGGCCCUCUACUUCAUUGAUAAGCUGGCCCUGCGAGCUGGCAAUGAGAAGGAGGAAGGGGAGACUGCAGACACGGUUGGCUGCUGCUCCCUGCGUGUGGAGCACAUCAAGCUACACCCCAAGCUGGAUGGGCAGGAACACGUGGUGGAGUUCGACUUCCUUGGGAAAGACUCAAUCCGUUACUACAACAAAGUGUCGGUGGAGAAGCCGGUGUUCAAGAACCUGCAGCUCUUCAUGAAGAACAAGGACCCAGGAGAUGACCUCUUUGACAGGCUCAAUACAUCCAUUUUGAACAGACACCUCCAGAGUCUGAUGGAUGGUUUGACUGCCAAAGUGUUCAGGACCUACAAUGCCUCCAUCACCCUGCAGGAGCAGCUCAAGGCACUCACUGACUCUGAAGACAAUGUUGCAGGAAAGCUCCUCUCCUACAACAGAGCUAACCGAGCUGUGGCCAUCCUGUGCAACCACCAGAGGUCCACACCAAAAACCUUUGAGAAGUCAAUGAAAAACCUCCAAAGCAAGAUCGAUGCUAAGAAGCAACAGGUGGAGAAAGCCCAGCAAGAGCUGAAAAAAGCUGAAGAUGAGUUUGAAGACACAAAAGAUACCAAAGCAGAAGCCAAUGUGGAGAAGAAAAAGAAGCUGUUGAAGCGGCUGGAAGAGCAGCUGGCCAAGUUGAACGUCCAGGCCACAGAUAAGGAGGAGAACAAGCAGAUAGCUCUGGGCACGUCCAAGCUGAAUUACCUGGACCCCAGGAUUAGCAUAGCUUGGUGCAAGAAGUUCGGCGUGCCCAUCGAGAAGAUCUACAACAAGACGCAGAGGGACAAGUUUGCCUGGGCGAUUGAUAUGGCCGACGAGGACUUUGAAUUCUGA